AUGGCUGUCCAAUUCCUUUUCCUCUUGUCCAGACAGGGCAAGGUCAGAUUAUCCAAAUGGUACCAGGCGUUGUCCCAGAAAGAAAAGAGUAAGAGGACCCGAGAGUUGACGACGUUGAUCCUUGCCAGACGAGCCAAGAUGUGCAACGUGCUAGAGUACAAGGAAAUGAAGGUUGUGUAUAGACGGUACGCGUCGUUGUUCUUUAUCGUGGGGGUCGAAAGCGGAGAUAACGAGUUGAUAGCAUUGGAGUUGAUCCACCGGUUCGUGGAACAAAUGGACAAAAUGUACGGAAACGUGUGUGAGUUGGAUAUCAUUUUUGGCUUCGAAAAGGCCUACCACAUCUUGGACGAGUUGUUGCUCGACGGUGUCAUACAGGAAUCGUCAAAAAAGGAGGUGUUGAAGCGGGUGGCUCAGCAAGACGAGUUGGAGAAUAUGGACGAGUUUGACAACAUUCUUGCCUGA